AUGAUCACGUGGGCUGUUCAUCUUUGUGUUUGUCUAAAUGUCAUCUCAGCAUCACAUGAUUACGUGUAUGAUGACAACUCUUUCCAAGACCCAGAAGAUGUGUUAAGUGUGAAUAUACCUCUACCAGACCCACAGCGGCCGCUACUUGGAGGGACAUUAAUACUUCCGUGCAACUUUGAGGACCGCACAGUUCCAGACCCAGGAGCACCCAACAUUUUUCCUCUUUCUUACCGCAUCAAAUGGAGUCUAAUUACCAAGGAAAAGGUCUCGACAAUUUUAGUUGCGUCAGAGGGAGAGGUGCGCAUCAGUCAGAACUACCUAGACAGGGUUCAUCUGGUCAGCUAUCCUUUGACUCCAACAGAUGCCAGUAUCAAAAUAUCUGAGCUAAGGGCCAGUGAAUCUGGAGUCUACCGCUGUGAGGUUCAACAAGGGAUUGAGGACAAUCAUGAUGAUGUGCAUGUAAAGGUGCUAGGUGUCGUUUUCCACUAUCGGCCCAUUAUUGGUCGCUACAUGAUGACUUUUGAAAAGGCUUUAGAUGCAUGCACCCAGAACAGUGCAGUCAUGGCUUCACCUGCACAACUCCAAGCGGCCUUUGAUGAUGGAUACCAUCAGUGUGAUGCUGGUUGGCUUUCUGAUAAGACAGUGAGGUACCCAAUUCAUGAGCCUCGCGUCAAUUGUUAUGGUGACAAAGAAAAUGUCCCUGGAGUCAGGACAUAUGGAGUAAGACAGCUCAACGAGACUUAUGACGUGUACUGCUUUGCUGAAAAAAUGAAAGGGCGGGUUUUCUACACCACAUCAGCAGAAAAGUUCACUUUCUCUCAGGCUGCGCAGGCAUGUUCCACAAAGGGAGCCAGUCUGGCCACUACUGGUCAGCUUAAUUUGGCCUGGCAGGGUGGGAUGGAUGUCUGCAAUGCUGGUUGGCUCAGUGACAGAAGCGUACGCUACCCCAUCAAUAUUCGGCGGCCACAGUGUGGAGGGGGGCUUGUAGGGGUGCAAACUGUUUACCUCCACACAAAUCAGACUGGAUAUCCUCUUCUUGAGACUCAUUAUGAUGCCUUCUGCUACACAGAGUUCCCUGAGGAGGAAGGUUCUGGAAUAAUAGAUGAAGGAAGCAGCGUAUUGAGUUUUACCCCAGUGACUCAAAGCCAAGAGAUUUUCUUUGGGAGUGGUACAACUGAGGGUGAGGUGACCGGGGAGGUGGAGACCCAACAACCAACCAUGGAUUUCAGCUAUACACUAAAUCCCACUGAGCUACCGCUGCUUCAACCUCCUAACAUCACACAGCAUCCACUUGAAAAAAUCGACCAGGUCACUUUGCAGUCCAACACAGGCAAUGAGGCAGGCAAAGUGGUUGUGAAACCUCCAACUGGUGUGGUCUUUCACUACCGCUCACAAUCUGGCCGUUAUGCCUUCACAUUUACUGAUGCCCAGUUGGCCUGUCAGAGUAUUGGCGCAUCCAUUGCUACUCCUGAGCAGCUACAAAUGGCAUAUGAAACUGGAUAUCACCAAUGUGAUGCAGGGUGGUUGAUGGACCAGACAGUCAGGUACCCGAUUGUUUCACCUCGCGAAAAGUGCGCAGGAGAUUUAGGAGAUCAACCUGGAGUUCGGUCCUAUGGUCUGAGACCUGCAGAUGAACAGUAUGAUGCUUAUUGCUACAUUGAUGGGCUUAAAGGUCAAGUUUUCCAUCUGGGCUCCGAUGAGGGAUUCACCUAUGAUGAGGCAGCUAUUCGCUGUUUUGAGCAGAAUGCCAGCCUGGCCACAACGGCAGAGCUCAAUGCAGCUUGGAAACAGGGUUUCGACAAGUGUCGUGCUGGUUGGCUCAGUGAUCGCAGUGUCCGUUACGCCAUCAGUAACCUUCAUGCUAAGUGCGGAGCAGAAAAAUUAGGAGUACACACUUUUUACACACAUCCCAACCAGACAGGCCCAGAUAUUCAUGACAGAUUUGAUGCAUAUUGUUUCAGAGUGGUUACACCAAUUGUAACGCCAAUCCUUGUGGAAUCCCCAGACUCUGGUUCAGGUUCAACACAUUUUGGAUCAGGCUCUUUUGUUGAUAAAACCUCCGGAGACCUGUCCGGGUCUGGUGAACAAGUUACAUCUGGAGAUGGAAUGUCUGAAUCUGGAGUCCAUCUGACCUCUGUAGACUUGUCUGUAUCAGAGGACAGUGGCGUCUCAGGAAACCUGCCUGGCUCUGAAAAUAGGUUUAUAUCUGGAUAUGGGUCAGGCUUUGGACGCCUGUCUGGUUCUGGAAACCAGGGCACCUCUGGAGACCUGUCAGACUUUGGCAGCCUAUCUGGGUCUGGAGACAACCUUAUACUCGAAGAAUUGUCUGGUUCUGGGUACCCGUUUGGUUCUGGAGAUGAGUCUAUGUCUGGACACAUGGAUGGCAGGACAGAGGCUGAUUCUUCUGGGUCAGGGAUCAUCGGAGAAAAAAGAAUCACUGCUGUUUUGUUUUCAAACAGUGACACUAUUCUAUCAGGAGUCGGUGGGAGAAGAAUUGCAGAGGGUUUCCAAAAGGCAGAAGAGGCAAGCACAGAAAUUCUUAUGAAUUUUUCAGAGAUAGAUUCAGGUUUGCUUAGUGGCAGUGGAGAACUUUCUGUGUCUGCGACGGGUCCCGGUUUUAACCGUGUAGAAAGUGGUCAGUUCUCUGGCAUGUCAUCUGGUCUCAUCAACACUCAGGAUUUUUCUGGUUUCAGUGGUGUCACAGCAGGGUUUUCCGAUACAGGAAGUGCAAGUGGACAAUCUGGGCAUAUUCAAGGAUCUGGAGAUGCUCAGCUCUUGCUGAUAAAUAAUGAAUUGGUUGAUAUGUCUGCUCCUAUCACCCAAAAAGAGUAUGAGCUGGGAGCUGGCCAACUGGUUUCCAGUGACUCGAGGGACAGCGAUGGGAAGCUCAGUGAUGACAUGAAUGGUUCAGCUUCUGGAAGUGGCUCUGUUUUCUUCUCAGGUGUGACUUUCGAUGGAUCAGGGUUCACUGACCUAAUGAAGUCAUCAUCUGGAGAACAAGAAGCCUCGAGCUACAUCACUGAAGAGGCCAGUGGUGAACUUAUGUCAGGAUUUAGUUCCUAUGAGAUCCUACCUGGGUCUAGAAUGUCUGGAGAAGAUGAACAUGUUAUAUUUGUGCCUGAAGAUGUUAAAACAGGGGUUUCGAGAAACCAGACGUUGUCCAAGGAGUUUCAACAAUGGACUGUGGAAUACAGUGGAGAAGAAAUCAACAUCAGUGGCAAUGGCUUGCACAAUGAGAGUAGAGAUGCCAAAAUGUCAAAUUCUUCAGAAAUUCCAUUUGGAGAGCCAUCACAGGUUAUGCCAUCACCAUCUUCCGAGUGGACAUUGAUAGAGACCGCCAAAGUGACUGAUGUUACAAAGAAUAUCUCCUGGGCUCUUGUCUCUGAGCUUGCCCCAGCUGGACUGUCUUCUUAUACCAACAUUGUUCCCCCUGUUAAUGGAAGUUACGAAGAUGCUGCCAACAUUGUUCCGCCUCUUAAUGGAAGUCAUGAAGCUGAUGCCAACAUUGUUCCACCUGUUACUGGAAGUCACGAGGAUGCUGAAGACGUUCAGGGUGACUCUGAUCUAUGUAAACCAAGCCGAUGUGGAGCAGCUUUGUGCACUGUCGAAAAUGGGUUUGCUAUCUGCCAUGAGUUAGAUGUUUGCCACUCCAAUCCAUGUGCCAAUGGAGCCACCUGUGUGGAGAAUGCAGACUCUUACAAAUGCUUAUGCCUGCCAAGCUACGGAGGGGAGCGCUGUGAGAUCGAUGAGCAGCAGUGUGAAAAGGGUUGGAUAAAGUUUCAGGGGAACUGUUACCUGCACUUCACUGAUCGAGAGAUGUGGCUAGAUGCUGAGCAACACUGCCGGGACCUAAAUGCACAUCUGGUCAGCAUCAUCACACCAGAGGAGCAACAUUUUGUCAAUUCAAAUGCACAAGACUAUCAGUGGAUUGGACUGAAUGACAAGACAGUAGAAAAGGACUUCCGCUGGACUGAUGGAACGCCACUGCAAUAUGAAAACUGGAAGCCAAAUCAGCCAGAUAAUUACUUUAACUCUGGAGAAGACUGCGUGGUGAUGAUCUGGCAUGACAAGGGCCAGUGGAAUGAUGUGCCUUGCAACUACCAUCUACCAUUUACUUGCAAAAAAGGCCCAGUGUCUUGUGGUGCCCCUCCCGAGGUGGAGAAUGCCCACAUGUAUGGUAAGAGGAGAGAGGAAUACCCAGUGAACUCAAUCGUCCGGUAUCAAUGCAACCCAGGCUUCACACAGCGUCACUUACCAGUGGUUCGCUGUAAAGCAGACGGACAGUGGGAGAAACCACAAGUGAAAUGUUCUGAAGGUUAA